ACGUGCAACGCACGUGAUCAUAAUUCAUACUUGCCGAGAGCCGGUUCCGUGGUAGUAGACGAUACCCGAGCUAUCCUUACCUCCUUUCUUCCCGUCUAAAACCCUUGUAGCUCUUGGGAACCCUAAACCCUUCGGUCAUGGCGCUCUCCCUCCGCCUCCGCCGAGCCCUCGCCCUCUCCUCCUCCGUUCUCAAAUUUCGCUCCUUCUCCUCGAUCGCCUCCUUUUCUUCCCCUCCUCUCCCUCUCUCGCGGCCCCGCGCCGCCACGGGACUUCUCGCAAGCCCUCGCACCCGGCUCUAUUAUCGGAUCCAAUCACUCUCGUUCCGUUCGUCAUCGAUGCUCUCCGACCGCCGGAUGGACGGCGGGGAGGAGCGGAAGAUAUCUCCGGACGAGAUUUUGUUCGAGGGCUGCGACUACAACCACUGGCUCAUCACCAUGGACUUCCCCAAGGACCCCGCGCCCACCCGCGAGGAGAUGAUCGAGACCUACAUCCAGACCCUGGCCAAGGUCGUCGGAAGUGUGGAGGAGGCUAAGAAAAGAAUGUAUGCUCUCAGCACCACAACCUACACUGGUUUUCAAGCUGUAAUGACCGAAGAAAUGUCUGAAAAGUUUCGAGGCUUGCCUGGAGUUGUCUUCAUUUUGCCUGACUCGUAUAUUGAUCCAGUAAACAAGGAGUAUGGAGGCGACAAAUAUGACAAUGGGGUUAUCACUCCGAGGCCGCCUCCAAUUCAAUAUGGGAGACAAGGAAGACCAAGAAACCAAAAUAGAUAUGAUCGGCCAAAUUAUAACAGGCCACCACCACAAGGAAACCUGCCACCUGGUAACCAGGGCUAUAUGCAAGGAGAUGGAAGAAAUUAUGCUCCACAACAGAAUUAUAGCCAGGCUGGACCAGAUGGAAGGGGUUAUGGUCCACCAGGAGGUAGGGAUUUUCCUUCUGGAGUGAGGAGGGAAGUUGCGCAAGGUGAGCAAAGAGAUUAUGCACCAGCUGGGAUGAGAGAUGGUUACCAGGGAGAACGGAGAGGUCCAGUGUCUUCAUAUCAAACAGAUUUUAACCAAGGAGAUCGAGGUAAUUUUGGCCCUCCAGAGCAGAGGAACUUCCCACAAGGACAGGGAGGAGAUUAUAAAUAUGGUGGCUCUUCUGGUUAUGGAGAUUACAUGCAAAAUCCACAGCCUGGUUACACUGGAGAUUACAGAGGGGGGUCGAGCCCUGGUCAUAGUGGACAAGGUUAUGGCGGAGAUGACAGACAAGGAGCAGGACCUGGAUAUGCGGCAGAUUAUAGGCAAGGAUCAGGUACCGGUUAUGGGCAGUCAGGGCAGGGCCCCCCUGGUCCUGAAGGACAACCACGGCCAUGGCAGAUAAAACGUCUACCAAUUGUGAAUGAGCGGAUCGGGCUUGCUUGGAAUGGUGCACAGGCCUGACUGGAAGUGCCGAAAGAACCACUACAAGAGGGGAGCCGGCUUUCACACCCAUGCUACGACCCUUGCUAUGAACUUCUCAUGCCAAUUCCCCAAGACCUCUUGUACCCUUUUGUCAAGCAGCCCUUUUGGAGAGCUCUUAAUCUGUCCUUUAUGCCACGAAUCACCUGUUAGAGAAAAAGAUUGAAGUAAGGUCUUCCCUCACGAGUCCCAUUUCGGAUUCUUUUGAUUAUUGGGAUAAUACCUUUCCCGUGCAUUCCUUGCCCGAUUCUUACACUAUUGAUCUGACUCCAGAAAUUCCUUUUUCUAUUUCAGAAGGGUCACGCAGCCUAUGCCUAUUUUGUGCUGCUCUCUGAUUCACUUCCUCACUCGGAGAUAGCCUUCGAAUCCCUUCUUCUUCACUUGAAAACACACACCUUUCUUUAUUAUUAUCUUAUUCUUCUCUUAGCUUCGCCGAUUGAGAACACCGAGCCCUCUGGGCUCGAAACUUCUGAUUAAAAAAAUCUCUUAACUUAUGAGUUGAAUCUAACUAAUGAAAAGUUACCGAAGGUAAUUUUUUCGAACUAGAAAGCUGCGAAACAAACUUUAUGAAUUGAACCCAAUUUUUCUUUUUGCUUCUUUUUCUUUUUGGCGGGUGUUAAGCACCAAAGAAAAAAAAGCAAAAAAAAAUGGGCAGGUUCCAAAACUAAAUGUAUAGCAAUAUGGAGCAUCCUUUAUGAUUGCUUCCAGUGAUGGAUGAUCCAGCCACAUCUUUUCAAAGCGAAAGGGUGGCCGUGGCCGGAUCUAUCUGGAGAGGGAGGGAGAGUCCAAAACAAUAGGUUUGUGAUCUAAGCAUACUGAAGGGCUCUUCGCUAGAUCUAAACAUGAGGUUCCAUUCAGUUGAAACAAGAAAUCUAUUGAAUUUACAGGCUAGGUGGGAAAAAUUGUUUCGUGGGUUUCUCUUGCUCCAGGCGAACUUUGCUUCAGAGAUGCCUAGAUCAGUAAGAUUGUAGUCAUUUACAACGUCUUGGAACUCCUUGGUACUGGCAGUGAUAGAAAGGGUGCCUCCGCUUUUCUCUUCCAGCGAUAGCUUAGUAUUGAAAUCUCCCCCGAAAACCCAAGGAAAUGGUUCCAAAUGAGAUACGGUUCUUAAGUGAUUCCAUUGCUUCCCUCUAGUAAGGAAUAACCAAUUACACCAAAAGAUGCAGCCAAUACAACUAAAACCAAAUCUGUAACCCAAGUUAAUUCGCGGGGUUUUUUAAAUCCACCUAUAAGAUAUAUACGAAAUACAUGCAGGAUCAUCAUUAGAACCAUCAUACUUACUGACCAUCGAUGAAUUGAUCGAAUUAACCAACGUCCUAACUUUUAAAGAUAAUGCUUUGCCUUAAUUAAAAAAAAAUCAAAGCGCUUGGCAUUGGCUUGCGUAUAGCUCCAUCCUACUAACCGAAAAUCAGGAUUGACUUCUGUUUCUAAGUAUACCCAUUCUUGGGGCCCUGGGAGGGUGGUCAGAUCAUUAGACAACUUUUCGUACAGUUGCAUCAGUAGCUAUUUCAUUCUAUAUAGGUAAUUUCGUUCGCCUGCCCUGGAUCUGGAUACACAUUUCCAUUUCUGUUCCCCAAAAUUCGAUCUUAGAUUCACCAGAUUUUUGUCGAGGUUCAAUACACUUUUUCUUUUUUCUUUCCUUCCUAUCCUCGUCUUAUCCUAAAGAACUGAAAAAAAAAA